GAUGCGUUCCCCGCGUUCGGUCGCUUGGCAGCAUGAUACUUCUCCAUACCCCACGAACCAACAUUCCAUGAAGCUGGAAGAAAUGCGGGACGAUUGAUCCAAUCGAGACUUGAAAGGUUUGCCCAAGCUUCGUCGCCAGUAAUGAAGAGUACACCUUGGCCGCUGAGCGGCUUGAGCCCCACCAAGUAAAGGGCAAGCCCCACGUCGACUUCAUAGUACUGGAUCUGCUAAUGGUCCUAGAAAGAUCAGGUGAAGGCAAUAUGACAGAAUGAAGGUUUUAUGAAAUGAGACAGAGGAGUAUCAUUGCCUUCAAAAUGAAUCCAUAUAUAAGCAAGUCUUAACAGAAGACAAGAGAAGACAAGUCUUCUGUAGAUGACAGUUUCUCUAGCACCAAACGUUUUUUCUGACAGAACCAGAUGAUUAACCCCCUUCACCCCAUCAAUAAUGCCGUCGCCAACUUUUAAUUUACGAUGAGGAUCAAAUACCAUGUUUAGAAAACAUUAUUGAUACCCCGGGAAACUCAACACUUGGCUGCAUACUUGGCAAUGCAACUCCAAUGCUGACGAGGAUUUCUCUCAAUACUGGGGCCCCACGAUUACUUCUUGGCUGCUCAAAGACCGGCAAAUGUCGAGAUCUUCAAGUCCAAUUUGCCGACAAGUUGUGCUGUACCUGUAGAGUGCAGAUCAUACAUAUAGAGUAACUGUCCCAACAAAUCCAAGUCCCAAGCGUGGAGCUUGACUUCGAAAAUAAACUUGACGACAACAAAACAAUACAAACCAUCAUGGCGGAGCUGAAGGAUACCAUUCCCGCAAAUCGCAGAGUCUUUAUCGCAAAUGCAGUUGUUACUCUAGCCUCAUUUCAAUAUGGAGUUGACUUUGGGCUGAUCGGAGGCUUGCAAGCCAUGAAAGGUUUCCUCGAAGUGUUUGGGUUCCCUGCACCAAAGACGCCAAAUGGCUGGAACCUCACCACUGAGCGCCAACAACUCAUCUCUUCGCUUAUGACACUUGGAGCGUUCCUCAGUUCAGGUGGCGCUGGGUUCCUGGCUAUCAAACUUGGGAGACGCCACUGUUUAUGGCUCGCUUGCCUACUAUGCUGUGUUUCAAACGUUAUCAUGAUGACCACUGAGGACAUCAUUGUCCUUUACGUUGGACGAUUCAUCAACGGUUUAGCGAAUGGUCUGUUCAUGACUUUUGCUCAGCUGUAUAUCCAAGAGAGCAGUCCUGCAAAAUACAGAGGUCUUUUCUUGACGGCCUUUCAGUUCGGUACAUCUUUUGGAACACUGGUCGGCACCAUUGUUGACUGGGCCACGGCUAAGCGACCUGGAAAAUCCGCAUACUUGAUCCCACUCGGCAUAAUAUACGUCAUCCCUGCGUUCCUCACAGUUGCACUAUUUUUCAUCCCGGAAAGUCCUAGAUGGCUCUUGUUGAAUAACCGCCGCGAAGAAGGAGUUAAGUCUUUGGCAAGAUUGAGGCCAGACGGCGCGGAUGUCGAAGACGAAGCAGCUGUCAUUGUAGCUGCUAUCAAUAAGGAGAAAGAGCUCAGUAAUGGCAUUGGCAUAAUUGAUUGCUUCAGAAAUCCUAUUGAUCGGAGGAGGACGAUUAUUGCGGUUGCAGGUGUCACCUCACAAGCAGCUACUGGUUCCAUGUUCAUCAUCGCAUAUAAAGCAUACUUCUUCACUAUGGCCAAAGUCGCAGAUCCCUUCGGAAUGUCCUGUGUUUUGAGCACCAUUGGUCUCUUGGCCUUGAUCAUCAACUCCUUGUUCGUCGUCCGCUAUGGUCGUCGUCGAGUACUCCUGAUGACCGGCUUGUUGGUUUGUGGUAUCUUACAGUUGAUAAUUGCUGUGGUUUAUGACAAGAAUCCUGGCACUAAGAGCACUGGAAGAGUGAUUGUAGCUCUCACGUCGUUGUACAUGUUCAGCUACAAUGGUAUGGUUGCACCAUCUGCUUGGCUUACCGGCGGUGAGAUGCCAUCUCAGCGUCUCCGCAGUUACACAUUUGGACUUGCUGCGGCCAUCGGCUUCUUCAUGGCUUGGUUGACUCAAUUCACUGCUCCAUACUUCAUUAAUCCAAUUGCUCUCAACUGGGGUCCACGAUACGGGUACAUUUGGUUCCCAUCGGCUACGGUCACCGCAAUCUGGAUUUACUUUUAUCUACCCGAGGCGAAAGGCCGUAAAUUGGAAGAGAUGGAUGAAAUGUUCGAGCACAAGAUUCCAGCACGCAAGUUCCGCAAAUAUGUCUGUGUCGGUCCAUUGCGCGCAGAAGAGAAGCUGAGUAGAGUUGCUUCGUAAGAAGAGACUAAGGGAGAGUGUGAUGGAACCGUCCAGACUAUUGAGGUAGUACCUAAGUGAAAUGUAAUGGUGUAGAAAAGCAUUCAAAUCCACCAUCCUAGCAAUCAUACUCUAUGAAAGAAUCUAUGCAUCAAACCAAGGAAGUUCAGUCGCUUAA